CUCUACCGCGGCUGCGCGUCCACCGCCGAACCCGGAAGUGGCAUACCUCUCCGGCACAAUGGCCACGCCCUCCUCCUAUUCUGGUUCGGCAGAGGAUUGCAGUGAUUUCCUGCUUCAGUGUCAACUAGCCAUGGAGAUGCAACCCCACUGCUUUCCCACCGACAGGGCAAAGUUUGCAUUCAUCAUCUCGCUUCUGACUGGGAAAGCACUCCGCUGGGCUGAUUCCCUCUGGCAGCAGAACAGCCCAGUUCUUCAGUCCGUUGAUGCUUUCGUCUCACUUCAGAGAGGUCUUUGGCAAACUCUUAUGGGAUACGAGUGCGGGAGAGCAACUCUACCACCUGAAACAAGGUACACGCUCCAUUAAUGACUAUACUCUGCAUUUCCGCACUCUAGCUGCUGCCAGUGGGUGGGAUGAACGCACCCUGCUAACCACCUAUCACCAGGGACUCGAGCCCGGGGUUCGUCUGCAGCUCGCCACCGUGGAUGACUCCAUAGGGCUGGAAAGCUUCAUUCAACCUGCCACUCGAGUCUCUGAACGACAGAAGCUUUGCCUGGCGGAGCCAAGGUUGUCACUCCCAUCACCCGUCCAUCGCCAUCCCAAGACCUCUCCCUCAUCCACCUCUCUAGAACCAGCAAUGGAACCCAUGCAAGUGGAACACUCCAGGCUUUCACCCUCUGAGAAAACGCCAGCUAACCCAGGGUCUCUGCCUCUACUGCGGCCAACCGGGACAUGCAUUGUCUGCAUGUCCCACAUGCCCAGUACGCCCCGCGCUCAGACUCUGGAUCAGCCGGCAACUUCAUCUCUGCCGACCUUUGCCACCAGUUGGGCCUCAAGAAGAGCCCUAACCCCGUCCACUACCGCAUCCACUCAAUCACCGGUAGCCCCCUAGGGCGGGGGACAGUGUGCUCCUUCGUGGGGCCAAUCCACAUUAGGAUUGGCUUUCUUCACUCGGAGAACAGUUAUUUCCUGGUUCUAGAGCGGCCCACUUCGGAGAUAAUCCUUGGACGGCCCUGGCUUAUGGCGCACUCCCCUACCAUUUCCACUGGAGAGGUUCUGAAGUGGGGAGAACACUGCGUCAAUCAUUGUUUUCCUAACCUCCCGCUUCAGGUUCCCAAAACUCCCUCCUUAUCCCUACAAUCCACAUCCAUUGAGAGCCCGCACCAAAAACAGCUUCCUUCCAUUCCUCCCCAAUACUUGGACUACCAAGACGUGCUUUGUCUGCGCAAGGCUUCCGAGCUUCCCCCACAUCGACCCUGGGAUUGUUGUAUUGAUCUCCUUCCUGAUGCCCCCAUGCCAUGAGGCAAAAUAUACUCCCUGUCCCUGCCGGAACACCAGGCCAUGGAGGACUACAUUUGAGAGGCCUAAAGCAAGGAUAUAUCCGUCCUUCUAAGUCCCCGGCUGCCUCAAGCUUUUUCUUCAUGGCCAAGAAGGACGGAGUACUCCGUCCUUGUAUUGUAUUGUAUUGUAUUGUAUUGUCCUUGUCCUCUCAGAGCAUGUCAUCUACCAUCUGGCAAACUUAUCCCAUUGCCCACUCCUCAACGCCCCUGGUCACACCUAGGAGUGGACUUUAUCACUGACCUGCCAGGCUCUGAAGGUUACACCUGCCUCCUGGUGGCAGUGGACCAGUUCUCCAAGGCCUGCCGCCUCAUCCCUCUUAAAGGCCUCCCCACAGCCUUGGAAACCGCAGAAGGUCUGUUCCAGCAUGUCUUUUGGAACUUUGGGAUCCCCGAAGAUAUUGUGUCCGAUAGGGCACCUCAGUUUGUCACGUGUCUGGAAGGCCUUCUUCAGUCACCUGGGUGUGACCACUAGCCUGACUUCUGGAUAUCACCCACAGUCCAACGGCCAAACCGAGCGUAAAAUCCAGAUCAUCAGUCGCUACCUACGUACCUUCUGCCACCACCAGCAACUCUCCUGGCAUCGCUACCUCCCGUGGGCCGAGUAUGCACAGAACUCCCUGCGUCAAUCCACCACCGGCCUCACCCCUUUCCAGUGCAUACUCUGAUUCCAGCCUCCAUUGUUUCCCUGGUCCGACGAACCUUCCACAGUCCCCUCAGUCCAACAUUGGUUCCAGGAAAGUGAGAGUCUGGAACUCCACCCACCAGAGAUUACAACAGGCCAUCCGGCGCCAUAAGCGGGCAGUGGACACCCGGAGGGAGGAAGCGCCAAAUUACCAACCUGGACAGAAGGUGUGGCUCUCAACAAGAGACCUGCAAUUACGUCUCCCCUGCAGGAAGCUCAGCCCCAAAUACAUCGGCCCGUUCCUCAUCUCCCGUCUCAUCAACCCGGUUACAGUGCAACUCCAACUUCCAUCACACUACAAAAUUCACCCCACAUUCCAUGUAUCUUUACUUAAGCCUUAUGUCUCACCUGUCUCUCCUUCUCCCUCCACAGAAUCCAGCAAUGCAGUAGAUCCCCCUCUCCCUCCGGUGGUCGAGGAUGACUGUCUAUACGGUGAAGGAGAUCCUGAGGUCCCGGUGUCGUGGUGGUCACCUCGAGUACCUAGUCGACUGGGAGGGGUAUGGUCCAGAAGAAAGGUCAUGGGUCCCUCGUGAUAUCUUGGACCUCAACCUCCUCACAGACUUCCACACCCGUCACCCAGAACACCCCGCUCCGCAUGCUAGAGGCUGUCCGCCGCGAUGCCGAAGACCUCGGUCCUCAGGAGCGGACCGUGGAGGGGGGGUUCUGUCACGGGCACGCCGGACCCGACCACGCACCAGCGCACUCGAAUAUUGAGUUCACCUGCACCUCAUUAGUUUCUUUCCUCCUCUCCCCUAUUUAAGAGCACUCUCUCCACUUCCCCAUCUGGUCUCGUUUAGACACCGACUCUAUAGCGCUGACAUUCGUGAGCUUUAGCAUCAUAGCUACUUCCUGUUUUGCCCCGACUACUACCUUCUCCUCCUUUUUUUCUCCUCCACGAUUACUAACUCAACUCGCCUCAGUUGUGAUGGAAGACAUUUAUGGUAAUUAAACUAACAUUAUGGCUACAGGGUAAGUAAUUUUCUAUACUCAAAUGAUCAUGUUGAAAAAAAAUGAAAUGGUUUUUAAGGAAAAUGCCAGAUGCCAACCAGAUGUUGGUAGAUGCCAACAUUUUACAUCUUGUCCAGCCUUAAGUUUUUAAAUGAUUGAGGAUAUUUUAAGCAUAAAUUCUCAUGGCAUCUAACCAGAUUUUUUUUUUUUUAUCUGUCAUUAGAUUUAACAGAUCUCAAGACUUCACUGUCUGUACAUGAUUUAAUCCAGAAGAGUAAAUUAAUCAGUGAAGGUCCAACUGCACAAUAUCGUCUCCUCACAACCAGAAGUAAUCUUGAAAAAGACGGCUCAGUAAGAAAAUGGACCUUUGGACAGAGACAUCAAUAUGCAAAACAAAAUACUACUGAGGGUAGGUGUAACUAGAACAGGCAAAACUACUCUGGUCAAUGCAAUGGUAAAUUAUAUACUAAGCAUCUAAUAUCAAGUUUGACACAAGGUCCUUUGAAAAUAUCAGAAAGGAGUUUGAAAGCAACAAGAAACAGGAAAAGGAGAACACAAGCGUAGAGAAGAGACUGAAGGAAGAAUUGUCCGAGACUGAAAAGGAAAAAGCUGAGCUGCUGGAAGAAUCCUACAUCAUAAUCAUGAAACUGUGAGAUUGCUUUAAAGCCAGAUUCUGCUUUCAUUGUUCAGUCUCUCGACGACUUGAUACCUCAAGCUGAGGAAACUAGAAAAUUCAGCUGUGCUAAGAAACUAAGAGAGCUGAGGAAAAUUCACCAUGAAUCAGAGGAGAGUUAAAGCUGUUAUGGCAUAUACAAGAGCAGGUUUCAUAACCUGACAAAAAGUAAAUAAACAAAUUCAGGAGAUUGAAUAAGGCCAUGUAACAUGAUGUAACACAGAGGUAAUAAUAAACAUAUCUGUAUCAAAUGUGUAUAUUUAUAUUCAAUUAAAAUGCAUUGUUUAUUCAUUAAUGCUAUUGUUUAAUAUUUGACUUUGUUUUGGUAGUCAUUUAAAAAUGUUUUUUGAUGAGCCAUUAUGAUAGUUUAACAUAUAUCAGUUGAAUUUUUUACUUUACGUGUACCAUAUUACUUGUGAAUUUGAACUGUUCAUGCAUAAAUGUUUAUCCUUUUCAUUUAACUUGAUUUAGUGAAUUAGCUCAUAUUGUUGAUUCCAUACUGCUAGUUCUGUGGCACUAUCUGUCUAUCUGAUCUUCCAAAGUAAAUAUCUGGCAAAGGCACUGGGCCUGAGUCAACUCUAACACAAAUCAACAUGUAUUGUAUCUUCAGUAAUUCAAACUUCAAAUUAAUUAAUUAAUAAUAAUAAUAAUCACUCUACAUUGAUUUUGAGAAACAUGAUGGAAAACACAGGAUUACCAGUAGACAAUGUAACAUCCUGAUAAUAUAAAAAAUAAUAAAAAUACCAUAAUGAAUUUCAAUAAAAAUAACACAACCAGUUGUGUGCUCCGAUCUAAUGAACCUUGAUGUGACUCAGUUUCAUAGGGCUAAACAGAUUCUUCGACAUUUUAUUUUAUGCCCUUGAAAUAAAAGGCUUGGGGUCAUUCUAGGAAAAUAGUCAAUAACUGGAUGGUGUAAAGAAGCAACUCCUCAGGUGUUUUAGUCCUCUUAUACCAAAGCAAACUGCCAUACUCAGUGCAGCUUAUACCAUCCAAGAGAAAGACCUAUGACUUGUUGACCCACCAGCUAUUGAACCAUUUAUAUACAACAAAAACCACAGACAUACACUGGAACACACACACACACAAAAUAAGAA